GAAUUAGCAUUAGUUUACCUAAUAAAACUUGUUAAAUUUACCCAUACACCCGUGUCAGUGUUAGUGAUUCUAUCACUUCAUAAACGAUGUGGGAUCCAACGCACGUUCAAGUAACGGUUCAAAGAGCCCGUGGACUACUAAUUAAAGGUAAAAACGGUACUAACAAAUGUUUUGUUACCAUUGCCCUCGGCAAAGAAAAAUUCCAAACAUCCGUGAAACACAAAGCCACUGAGAAUGUAGAGUGGCUUGAGGAAUGCGAGUUGCGUAUACCGUCCCAGGGUAACACUGCAGAAAUUGUUUUGAAAGUGUAUGAUGAAGACAUUGUUAAAGAUCAUUUACUAGGUCAAAUAUCGAUUCCGUUAAAAGACCUCGAUGUUUAUGAGAGGCCUAGAAACCGAUGGUACACCUUGCAAGGCAAGUCGGGGAAAGAGAAUGACAAAAAUAGAGGAGAGUUAGAGGUCAAGAUUGCCUUUACUGUAAAGGAGGGCAGUUUGACUGACCUCAGCAAAAAAGACAAACAUAAGUCAUCCUUAUCUAGCAUCGCCCAAAACGUAGGUGGAAGUCUUAUGAGCAUUGGCAGUAUCGAAAAACGCAAGGGCUUGAAAAAGUUUGCUAAGAACCUAGGAUCGAAAAUGAAUUUAACUAAAAAAGAUAAGAAGAGCGAUUCAUCAUCUCUAAGUGGGAGCAUUGGAAAUCUUAAAAACUCUGCACUGUCCACACCGGACCACUCUACCCCUAAGACUUUACCAACAGAGGCAGACCCAGGUGUAAUUAGUGAGGAUGAAGAUGAAUUUGCUUUUGAUGACUUGUCUCACAAAAGUUCUGGCAGUUCUCUCAAUGUCAAUACACUACCACGAGGGCAUAAAUACACACCCUCCCCAAUGAAUGCUUCUCUUGAAAACCUAGGAGGUGGAGAGUUUUUGAGAAGAUCUACUAGUAGUAAUUUAGCAAAUUCUGACAAGUCUGUUCCAGUGCCUCAGAAACCUGUGCGACUGAGCCUCGACACAUUUACUCCUCCGAGGCCACCUUCCCAAAUUAUUGACAAGGAUGAUGAAUGGUCCCAAAAGCUUUACUCCAAAAAGCAAUCUCAUACAGUCAGCCAAACUAUGAUUGACAGGGAAAAAUCUGCAAGCCUUGAAAGAAAUAAAAAACUUGACAGUCCAAGCUCAUUAAAAGAAAAACCAAGUCCAAAAUUCUUUAAAAAGUUUGGUAACAACAACAAACCUAAAAAGUUGCUUGAAGAACGAAUUAUUGUUGGAGAAGAAAAUAUUGUAGAAGAAGACUCCAUCAAUCCUGUGUACAACAGCAUACCCAAAACAGUUCUACAGCAACUAGAAGGCAAGUCUAAAGAAGAUCUGAUUGUAAUGGUGUACAACAUGCAAAGAGAUGUAGAAGUAGAAAAAAAGAAAACCAAAGAUUUGGAAAAUUAUUUGGAUGAGCUACUAUUGCGAGUGAUGGAAACAACUCCGAGAAUCUUGCAAAACCCUUACUCUAGAAAUAACAGCAUGCACAUAAGGAAUAAGUAAUUGAUGUUCUAAUAUUGUAAUGGACAUGUUUUUGAUAAA